AUGAACCGCCUCUUCGGAGCAAAGAGCACGGCGCCCAAGCCGACGCUCAACAGUGCCAUCUCCAACAUCGACACGCGCGUAGAGAGUCUCGACGUCAAGCUCGCAAAACUCAACGCUGAACUUUCGACAUACCAGCAAAAGCUUUCCAAGAUGCGCGACGGCCCCGGCAAGACGGCAAUCAAGCAAAAGGCGCUGAAAGUGCUCCAACAGCGCAAGCAGUACGAGGCACAGCGCGACCAGCUGCAGGCACAAUCGUGGAAUAUGGAGCAGGCUGGCAUGAUGCAAGACAAUCUCAAGAAUACCAUGACUACCAUCGACGCAAUGAAGACGACCACAAAAGAACUGCGCAAACAAUAUGGCAAGGUUAACAUCGAUAAGAUCGAUAAACUUCAAGACGAGAUGGCCGACCUCAUGGACAUGGGCAACGACAUACAAGACGCGAUAAGCCGCAGCUACGAUGUGCCCGAGGAUGUAGACGAAUCUGAAUUGGAUGCGGAGCUGGAGGCGUUAGGCGACGAAGUCGACUUUGAGGGCAUUGGCGAAUCAUCGGGCGUGCCAAACUUCAUGUUGGACGAUGCAGCGCCACCACAGUUCAUCGAUGAACCGCCCAACGCCGCCAACAAGGUCAAGGAGGCUGCGGGUUGA